AUGGCGUCAGGCCACGAUAGCCACCGCCGAGCCCGGACGCCCGCCAUCGACAUGACGAAAUUCAAGGGCCACGCCUCGGAAGGAAAAGAGCCACAGGACGGGGCCAACAGCUUAAUAUCCGUCUUGCACGACAUCGACCCGCAAACCGAGAGACUCCACAUCCUUGGAGACGCGCCAACCAACGAGGAAUGGGAGAUCCUGACACACCACUUCACCAACGUGCGUUUCAUCAAGCUGCUGGUCAUUGCCGAUGCCGUCGCCGAGCGCAUCACACCACGCGCUAUCGUCGAGGGCAGAAUCCAGAGUCCUGUUCUCCUCUUCACUGCGGGUCUGCGGUCGAGGUCUGAAGGAGUCGAGGUCAACUACCUCCCCUACCAAUGGCACAAGUGGUUCAACAACCAUUACGAAGACAAAGGACCUAUCUUCUCACCCGACCUCGGCUCCUCCCCGUCCUCAGCACUGAAACAUUUCCGGAUCCUCGGCAACGACGCGCUGCAAAUGCACUCCUACAUCGCCCUGGCCAAGUUCCACCGCCUCGCCUCCCUCUCCUCCUUAACAAUCUGCUCCCCCGGCCGCCACGACAUGCAGCAUCUUGUCCCUCACACGCCCCUCCUCUUCCUCCCGCUGCUCAACAACCCCAAGACGUUUAAACUCACCAUGGGCAGGGCAAUGUGCGCCACCCUGCUCGCCGAGGUAGUAGGCGAGGACGACGGCGAAGCCGAGGAGGCAUUUCUGCGCGAUUUCCUCCCGCCGGAUAUUGAAACGUUCCACUUCCGCGGUCCGGUGUCGGUGGCGCCGCACCUGGACGAGUGUGCCGCCGCGUUUUGGUAUAGAGGAUCCUGCCGCGGCUGA